UUUCGAUUGGUCUUCUCGGUUCUUGUUUCGUGGCGAUUACAUUCCUUUAUAAGAAAGAUCGAAACAGAGAUCCCUCCACUUACAUUUAUCUUUUGAGUAUAUAUCAUCAAAUCAAGGCCCAGAAUGGCAGCUCUGUUUCUCUUCGCCAUCCUCAUCGCGGCUGUACACGCCCACAAAAACUACACGGUGACAGAAGAGGUGUGGUUUGACAUAGAAAUUAAGGACCACGAUGGUGUCGGUGAAGACUACAGAGGGAGAUUUGUCGUGGCGUUGUUUGGUGACAAGUGCCCGAUGACGACAAUGAAUUUCCAGUCAAUCACCAAAGGAUACAAAAGAGGCUCCAAAAACCUACAAUACAAGCGAUCGCUCAUCCACAGAAUUGUACCAGAUUUCAUCAUUCAGAUGGGAGACAUCACAGUAGGAGAUGGAACCGGAGGCGAAAGUAUCUACGGACCGACAUUCGUUGAUGAAAACUUCGAGUUGAGCCACAAAGCCCGUGGAUAUGUGUCCAUGGCCAACCACGGAACAGAUACAAACGGCUCGCAGUUCUUCAUCCUUCUGAACAGAGCUAGAUGGUUGGACGGCAAACAUGUUCUCUUUGGAAAAGUUAUCAGGGGAAUGGACGUUAUACAGACAAUUGGCGAGGUGCCCACAGACAGCCGGACAGCAGUGCCCAAGAAAACAGUCAAAAUCAUCGACUGUGGUGUUGUAGGAAUUGAAAAGAAAUACGAACUGACAGAAGAGCAGGCCACAUCUGACUCCGAUUUGUAAAGUUUUACGAACUGAAAUCACCUUACCAUCUAUAAAAACAUAAUCAACCACGUGACGUCACGGACGUGCAUUUUUCUACGUAGGAAAGUUAAUACAUGCAUUCAUAAUGAUUCAUGAUGUAAAUCCAUUAUUCCUAAGAUUCUAUCAGUAUUCAGUUUUUAUGCUAAGUGAGUUCAUGUGUCUUUCUUUACGUUUGCAUUAGAGUGUAGAUAGGUCAUGUCUAUAAUAACAUUGGUGAGCAACGCUGCUGUCAAAGAAAUCUUCUUCAGAGACGCAUUGUAAGAGGGAGUCCACCUGCGGUACUGUACUUAUGGGUUACCAAAGUUGGACUGAGUGAAAAAAAAUAUGGUAUAUACUUAUGGCAGUGAUUAGAGAUGUAAUAAAAUUGUCUGAAUAAAC